GGUGGUAGCGGGAAAACCAGUCAUACCCUAAGUGUGUGUAACUUUUCGUUGCUGAUGUAUCAUUCAUAGGAACAUUAUUUUUACUUAAACAAAGUAAAUCGUCGAAUCAUUAAAACGUUAUAGCAUUUGUAAAAUAAAUAAAUUCUUAAAGUGAGUGUUUAUCUACUUAUGAAUAAUUUUAAAUUAGUUUAUUGUAAUCGCGAUUAUCGUUACGGGAUAAUGUGGUAAUGUUUAAAUUAUAAUUUAUCUUCGGUGCCACAGAGAAACCUUUCGGUUAAAGAUUAACUGAUAUAAUAACUACUAGAUUUUGACCCGCGUUUUGAAAGCGCGGGAUUGAAUUUUAGUUUAAAUAUUUUUAUGUAACAAAAUUAUAAUUUAUAUAAUUUGUUUCUUUUAGGUUUGUAUUUAGUUAUAAAAAAUUAUAUGUACUAUUUAUUAUGCUUUUUUCUUAGGUGAACUACAAUUUAGUAAAUUUAAAAUUAUUCAAAACCGUAUUAUAAGUAAUUUAUUUAUUUAAUUUUUUCAUUGAUUUUGUUUUAAUAACUCAUACCUUUUAUUAAUCAGUUUAGAUAUUUAUUUUAUAAUAAAACUUGUGUUAAAAUGUUGGUUCAAUCCGUCUUAAUUUAAAUAUUUUUAUUAAAAUGCAAUCUUAGAAUUAAUAUGUAGGAGUCCUUUUUAAUUAUUUUAUUUUGAAUGAUCGAAAUGUUUUGUGACCAAGUUUAAUAUAACAACAAUUCAGAUGAAUACAUGGAAGUAUAUUUUCAAAGUAAUAGAUUUUUCUUAAAUUUCAAAUAAUUCAGCUAAUUAAAUAAGAUAAAAUACAAUUCAAUUAAAAGUAACAUCUAACAUCCGUAUACAUACAGUGUAAUAUACUAUGUAUACAAAAUAAUAUGUUAUUUCACUCUAUGUCUAUAAUAACUAAUUGUUAUACAUGAAAGAAAAAUAAUAAUUAUUAUAGUAAAAUAUGUGUAAUAUACACCCGUAACAAAUGUUUUGACUUUUAUGAUGCAGUUAGUUAUAACAUAAGUAAUUAAGUAAUAUACACCCGUAACAAAUGUUUUGAUUAGGACCCAUUUUUCUAUUGGUAGUAAUGUAUUAUUUUCUUAUAUGUGGACGUGAGAUCUUGAUAAUAGGUGUGUGAAUUAUUAGGCAUUUGUUUAAUUAAUGAAUAAUUAUGUUGAGAUUUUACGGUUAAUGAACAAUCGGUUAUAGCCAUUAUUUAGGAAUAUUCUUUUAGUGAGUUAAAGUGUUUAAGGCAAUAUAAUUAAUUAUAUUAAACAAAAAUUUAUGAGUGGCACACUAUUGUAAAUAUCUAACAAAAUAAGAGCAGAAUCCUAUGAGGAAUUUUGCUUUAAUAGUAUAGAUAACUUUAGCUAGAGUGACUUAAGAUAUCUUAAGGCUGCGCCAUCUCAAUCCACAUCUACAAAAUACAUGCCACGUAAUAAAUAUAUCAUAUAAUUUUAUUUUUCAAAGCGGCUGGUCCAGUCCAGGUACUAAUUGGCCGACACCAUUAAAAAUUGGGAACUGAAUAAAACGGAUGCAUCAUAUUACAUAUUGAUUCACGUUGCCUAUAACUGUCCUAUGAUAUUAAAACACAUUCACAAAUCAUAAAAUUCAAUUGUUUCGAAUAUAUGUGUGGAUAUAUAUAUAUAUAUAUGCAAGAAGCCAGAAAAUUGUGGUAAAACUACUAGAAAAUGUGGCUACUCUAAAAUGUUGUUAGCUAGAUACUUUUAGGUAGAGAGGUGAUGUGUGUGUAGAAUGAAAAUGUUUUAAAUGCGUGAAUAGCGUUUGUUAUUGACCGCGAUCUAACCUAGGGUUCUAGAAAAUUAAUCACGACAAUUUUAGGCUCCGAAUGGUGACUGCGGUUUAAGCGGUGCAGAACAAGCGGUUCAACUGCAGUGUCGUUUUAACAGUUAUAAAAACAUAUAAAUAUAUGGUAUAUAUAGAGAUUUUUGUCACUGUUAACUGCGGUGCGGAGCGGGGCGGUUAUAAACAUUCGAAGACUUAGUAUGGAUUUUUGAUUCAUUAGUUCAAUACUUCGAAGUUUGACCAAAGAAAACAUGACUUCAAAAUUUUAAAAUGUUGGAUACUUAGAUUUAUGGCAUUAAUCUGAUCAAAUGAAAUUAUUAAAUAAUUGCAUAUAGCUGAAAAACAAAUGCAGACAGAUAAGGAUCCGUGACAAAAACGAAUCUCUCGUUCUUAUAAGGGUUGAUCUCGUCACAUGAAGGGGUUUAAUUAUUCAAGUAAAGUAUAUGUGCAAAGGGGAUAAGUAUAAUAUAUAGAUACACACACAUAUAUGUGUGUUAUAUUCAUUGUCCUUUCUCUUUCGUGACGAUAGAGAUAAACUCGAUAAGUUCUUGGGUUAGAGAAUGCAUAAAGUUAUGUUAUUUUAUUCACAUCGGAUAGCAAUGAUGAUGAUUACUAUCUGCAAAAUAAGCCACAAUACAUUCAAAGAGAAAAUGAACUUAUAGAUGAAAAUGUGUCAUUUCCAUUUCAUACUAAAAAAAUUUGUUGCAUAACUAAAAAAAUAAAAAUUGUCAGUUCCAUCUCAGAUUCAAAUUAAACUUAACCAAAACAAAAGAUUAUAAAGAAAUAUAUGCACCAAGAGAUUUCCUUACAACAAUAAUAUAUAAAUAAACAGAACUCUGGGAACGACCACGAGAUACUACGUUGAAUGUAGAACUACGACAAAUGAACCCAUAAAAUUAUAUUUGGAAUAGUCGACGGUGAGUUGUGGUCGUAAGGAAAUGUUUGGGAUGGUAAAGGAAAAUGUUUGGGAUGUCACCACAUUUUAGGUUCGAUCUAACUAUCAUGCGAAAAUAAGUUACAUUUUCGUGGUCAUCUUACACGAAUACGUACUAUUGCAUUUCGAUCCAUUUGAAUAUUCGAAAAAUGGUUUAUCUGUAGGUUAGAUCUAUGUCUUUAAUAAAUUUGGAUUUAAUUUUUUUUUCUCAAAAAAACAAAUUAUAUUUGGAAUUUAGCGGCACCACAAAUAUUUCUCCAGGUUUCAACAUCGAGGGUACAAGUGGCGUCCCAAAACGCAUUAGUAUUUAUUAUUCGUAAUUUGUUUGCUGGUAAUAAAAAAAAAAGAAAUUUAGAAUGAUUAGAUAUUUGGGAAAAUUGCCAAAAGAGAACAAGAAAUCAACAUAGUUGUCCCUAUAGUAUAAAUCCAACCUAAAGUAGUCCCUAUAGUAUAAUGUUUUCCAUAAUACCAAAAGUAACCUUUAAUUAAUCUUAUUAAACAUAAUUAAUUUGGUUUUUUAUAAAAAAAUAAAGAUGAUUCGGUUUAAUAAAGUUACCGGGUUAGAAAAAAAAUCAGAAGAAAAGGGGUCAAAAGCUUGAUUUCCCUAACCCUAACAUCGUUGGUCUCUCCGCCUCUCUCUUUCACGGAGAUAAAGAUGGCGAUUUUGUCUUCUCCGUUGUGCUCCCUCCGGUGAAAUCAACGACGGAACCCACCGAAGCUUCUCUCUCCACCUCUACGUCUCUCUGCUACUCUCCGCCUCUCUCCACCUCUCUCCGCCUCUCGCCGCCUCUCCGCUUCUCGCCACCUCUCUGCUUCUCUCCGCCUCUCUCGGCGUCUUUCCUCCUCUCGCCGCCUCGUCGGUUCUCUCCACCUCUCGCCACCUCUCCGCUUAUCGCCACCUCUCCGCUUCUCUCCGCCUCUCCGCCUCUCUGCCUCAAUUUGCGAACGAUAUGGAGCUUGAGCUACCCAAACGAUUGUAUGCAGAGGGUUCAGAACCUCGGGUUAAGAAGAUCAACAACAGUUGCCGCAUGGAACUUAUCAGAGAUCUGAAGAAAGCUAUGUGUGCCGAGUAUGAUGAUGUGAAGAGAGAUCCAGUUUUCACACAUAUCAUGGCUAUUGCCGAAAAUGAUCUCAAGUUCUCUGGGAAACUAGUGGAUAGCUUCAUAUGUAGGCAGCUGAUUACCUCAAAGCUGCAUGAGAAGUGGUUUGUUUUUGCGAGGACGCCUCUCCGGUUUUCGCUUCAGGAGUACCAUGCCGUGACAGGCCUCAAGAUUACACGGGAAACUAACAGUGACGUAGUGAAAUGGAAAAACGACGGGGGUUUUUGGAGUAACCUACUGCACACAGGUGGUAAGAUCACCUUGCAGUCGAUCAGAAAGGUUCAUCUACAAGAAGUUCACACCUGGACUCGGCUUGAUAGGAUGAGGUUGAUCUACUUGUGUGUAAUAGUGGGUGUGGUGAUGGGGAGAGAUGAGAAGGUGUCCAUCCCUCAUAUGUACAUCAAGUUGGUGAUGGAUUUUGACAAGGUUCGGAAGUUCCAUUGGGGUCUUCACUCGUAUGAUUUCCUGCUGAGUUCGAUUGAGAAGGCUAGGAAGAAGUUGGGUAAGAAGGAGAGCUACAUUUUCGAGGGUUUCUCCUAUGCUCUCCAGAUUUGGAUUAUGGAGGCAAUUCCAGAUUUUGGAGAAAUUUUAGGCAGAAGAGUCUCAGACAGCUUCAAAGGUCCAAGGUGUGGCAAUUGGAAAGGAGUUGCAAAAGUUUCUUAUGAAGACAUCAUUGAGCUCGAGGACUCCUUAACUAACAAGGAUAACUUCUUCUCGGUCAUAUCAGUGACUGGUAAUGGUGAUGUGUUUCUAGAUGCUCAGUACACAAGGGAGGGUGAGAUGGAAGAUGAACGAGUGGACCUUGUUUUGGAGAGGAUCAGGAACAAGUAUGAUUGGAGCAGCACAGACUGGCCAGUUUUAGACCCUGAAGAGUCUAAAAUGGAGGAACCCGACAGCCAUGAUAGAGGGUCAGAAGCUGAUAAGAGCGUGGAUCAUACGGAUGUUGUAGCAGACGAGGAGACCUCUUCGGUUCAGGUUGCAGGAAAAGGCAAGAGAAAGUUUCUUGAUGAAGGAGCAGAGACAAGAAAGAAGAAGGUGCUGUGUAAGCGAUCAGCAGAAAAGUUUCUGACUUUUGGUCCUGAAACUAAGAGUUUCAUUGAGGGUCUUAUCCGCACAUCUGUCACUUCAUUGGGAGAUGUGCUCAGUAUGCAAAUGGCGAAUAUGGAGAGAGUGUUUACAGAGAGGAUGGGGAAGAUGGAGAUUGAGGUUUCACAGCUCAAGGACGCAAUCAGUUUGACUGGUGAAGGAAGCUAUCCUAGUAAGAAAGAAACUGAAGAAGCUCCACUAAACAGCAAAGCCAAGCAAGCUCCACCUAAGAGCAAAGGCGCUCAAGCUCCACCUAAGAGCAAAGGCGCUGAAGCUCCACCUAAGCGCAAAGGCGAUCAACCUACUCCAACAAAAAAGGACGGGAAAAAGAUUGCUACAGAAACUAAUGAUUUUGAUUUUGGAUUGAGUACACAAGACUUGCGGGACCUGUCCCAAGCUACAUUUGUUGACGGUUUUGAUCUGUCUCAAGUGAAAGCUGAGACGUCAAGUAAAUCGAAACCGUUUAACAUGGCUCCACUGCAGUGGAAUGAUGAGGAAAUGGAUCGAACCAAAGAAGACUCGCCAGAUGCCGCGUUGGUGUUUUUCCGUGAAGAGGAUUGGGAAAAAGUUAGAACUUGGUCAACUUCCUCUACACGUAUACGGAUUGGACCUGCCACUUUAGAUUUUGAGAUUGCUAAUCGUCUUAUGGAUAAAUCUGAGUGGUUAAAUAGCUUGGAGAUUGACGCUGCAAUGUACGUAUUCCGGGAGAGAACAUCUUUGAAACGAUGGAGACCUCAUCGUGUCGCCUUCAUGACUGUCGUCUUCAGCAAUAUGAUUAAAAAAGAGUAUGGUCAUUUAGAAGGUCAGGGUAGAAAGAGCUACAUGCUUCAUAAUUUGCUACUGCAGUUCGGUAAAGGAGUCCUUCCACCACAUGGCAGGACACAUGAGAUAUGGAAUAUAGAUGUGGAUCGCCUGUAUGUCCCUGUUCAUGUCAGUGGGAAUCAUUGGAUCGCCUUGUGCAUCAGUUUCGUGACGAGAAGCAUUGAAGUGUUCGACUGCUCGGGUAGGAAAAGGUACAAGGAGGUGGAUGGGUUCGCAAACCUUAUUCCGCGUAUUGUCAAGGCAGUUCAGCCUAUGAGACACCAGAAGGAUUUCACAGUCGGUUCCCGGAUUAGCCUCUCUGAGCAUGUGCAAGUAUUUCGGUAUUUUUCCAUAACUUCUCUCUGGUAUACCUCUAACAGCAUUAACCGCAUAUUCACGAGCAUCCCAUGCUAAAGAUUUCGUGAUCUCACAGCCAUGAUCCAUAAGCAUAAUCUGUAUUAUAUCAUUGCAUUUUGGCCCUUCCUUAACCCCUUCAUACCUAUGCAUAAUCAGACUGCCUAUAGUUUUGGCCGAAGCAGUCCUACCCGGUUUGGUUUUGUUUGAAGGUGCGCAUGUAUGUUCACCGACAUACUUUUUGAUAAUGAAAUAUUCAGAAUCCUUCAAACACUCUGCUCGAACACACCAAUUGCAUGCAUUAUCCUCACAUCUAACGUACCAAAGUUGUCUAUCCGUUUUGAUAACCUCGUAGUGAAAGUUAUGCUUCAUUGCACAUAGCUCGAAAGUCGCCUUCAGCAAAGUUUUGUUCUCAAACAAUUGUCCCUUCUUAACAACAUUGAGCACAGAAAACUUUGACAUCUUAUGUAUGUCCUCUUUGGCCGAGAUCAUAGUAUCGGCAUGAUAGGCAUCCUCAUCAACUUCGACUCUUCUAAUCUUUUCUUUCUUUUUCUCGCACUGCCUCUCAACAAACACAGGAGCCGGUUCGUUCCCCCUAUCAACCGAGUUUCCCUCCUCUUGAGCAGAACUUGAAUCAGCUGGCGACUUGUUAAGAUCAAAGUCUGGUUCAUUCAGAUUCUCAACUUUGGCUUUAGACGUUACACACAAUCGAGUAGAAACACACUUUUGAACAAAACCAACAAAAUUCUGAAGCUGUCGAUCAUUCGCAAUGAUCACAGGUGGACAAGUUGAUGUAUUGAUCAACUCAUUAGGUAGAUAACUCAACUCCAAAUCGGGUAAGCUAUCUUCUUCCAUAUCAAAAUCUUCCAAAACCAUUCUUUUAAAAACCUCUAAGGUAGAACUUGAUUCCAAUAACAGUAGCCUAGCCCCUUUCUCAUCAGCCGAAAAAACCCAUCCCGUGGUUGCUCCAAACUCCCAAACACCACAUGUUGUAUAGAUAUGCAUCAUAGAACAAGUUUUUGUGAAAAUCACAAGACAAACUAUAGAAAAAUCAUGGGGAAAUCAUAGAUUGGUGAAGAAGAACAUUCAAAAUCGUUUUUUUUUUUAAUUUUUCACGAAGCAAAUCAAUGAAAACACGUUUUAGGAAGUUAGAAUAUUUUUAGAAUAUUUUUAAAACUGCAACUUCCUUAAUUUUCGAAAAUUCAGUUUUUUUAUCCGUAGAAGGCACCUUCUACACUGUGUAGAACAUAACAAAAUUCCAGAAUGUAAUUUCUACACUAUGUGGACGUUCGUGUAUGUUUUAGAUUUUGCAUUCCUGAUAACUUAGAAUACUCGAUAAAAGUAGAAACAUGUUUCUGAAUAAAAGUAGCGAUCAUUACAAAUAGUAGAAUUCGUAUUCCCCAUAUUUAGAAUUAUAGUAAAAAGUAGUUUUUACGUUCUAAAACAAGUAGAUGGAUGUGUUCAUUCUAGAAUUCAUUUUCUACUCACCCGUUUUGUGUAGAAACAGAAUUCUACUUUUAGUAGAACGUAAUUUAAAAACAUUAUUUAUUAUGUUUUUCAAACCUAAAAAAAUAUGUGUUUGUGUAAAUGGGUGUUUUAUUAGUUUUUUAUAUUUUUAAUAAUUUUUUUGAUUCUUAUAACUAUUUAUUACAUUAAUUUUAACAUAUGGAAAGGGUAAAAAGGAGAAAAAAUGGAAAAAAAUGGAUUUAUACCAUAGGGACAACUAUGUUGAUUUCUUGUUCUCUUUUGGCAAUUUUCCC